GGCAGGUUGUUGGCUCAUUUUGAAACCGACACGCGAACAAGAAACAACGUUUAAACAUUAAGCUUACGUGCGCCUCCCAACGGAGUUUCCAAAUUUACGGAUAACGAACGAACGCGUACGCAAAAUAUUUAAAAAUAAAUAUAUAAUUUAUCCAAAACAUAAUUGUAACUUGUAAAAUAACAACAAAAAAACAAUGGUCAUGGAAAUGUCCAAAACUUAUCAGUACCGCAAGGUGAUGAAACCAUUGUUGGAACGUAAAAGACGCGCGCGCAUCAACAAGUGUCUCGACGAUCUCAAGGAUCUGAUGGUGGAGUGUCUGCAGCAGGAAGGUGAACAUGUAACACGUCUCGAGAAAGCCGACAUACUCGAACUGACCGUCGAGCAUAUGCGUAAACUGAAACAACGCGGCAGUCUCUCGUUACAAUCUCAGGCCAGCGCGCAUAUCGAGUCCUUCCGCUCCGGCUACGUGCAUGCGGCGGACCAAAUCUCACAAGUAUUACUGCAACAGUGCCAAGCGGAUGAGCUGGGCGGCAAAAUCAUGAAAUUCCUCUCGACGCGUCUCAUCGAAAUGCAACAUCAAUUGCUGCGUAGCUCAGCAGUCACAGCUAUUGGCGGUGUGCCACCCGCAACCGCUUGCAGCAAUGCCAACCUGUUGCCGCUACCGUUAACACUGCAAAUGCCAAUGCCGUCGGCAAAUUACAAUUAUAGUGAAUGUGGUGAAUCAAUGGGUUCUUUGGAGUCACCGACGAGCGCCAAGUCACCCAUAGAUUACUACAGUGCAGUUAAUGAGGCGGCACAAAGGUCAUACGCAACUGCUGCCGCUGCGGCUGCGGCAAGCGCUUGCAAAGAGCAGGAUCUCAUCGAUGUGACAACGGUGGAUAGUAGCUGUUCGACGCGCGAUACCGCCUCUGUGGUGUCUGUGGAUUCCUGCUCAUCCGAACCGAUGUGGCGUCCAUGGUGACUAGCGGCGCGUCAUUAGUUAAGGCUUUAGUUGUAUAGUACGGUAUCAAAUUGUAUCAACAGAAUCGUCUGUCUUCCAAGGCGCACGUAAAGGACGUGGGAGGGCGCUCCGGCCUAAGCUCCAAUAGUCGCUACGUGUUUCGCCACACACUCACACAUAUGCAGUGCACUUUUUGCUUUACUUGUUGUCUGUGAUAUAAUAUAAUAUUAUUUAUAUGCAUAAAAGUGUUCGUAUGCAUCAUUACGAAAUUCUGCGUAAUUAGCUUUAUUUAGUUUAGCGCCUACAAGAAAAAAUCAAUUUAUAUGUUAUUUAUUUUAAUUAAUUGUAAGCUAUAUUUAAACUAGCAGUGCUGUAAUGUUUGUGUAAUGCAGACAAAUAACCGAAAUGACAUUAGUUUUGUAAGUUCUCAGCAAUCAAAGGAAGUGAACUGGUAUUCCUCUAAUUGGUAACUAGCUUUAAAGGCAAAUGUCAAGUAAUUCCUGAUGUUAUAUACCAUAUAAUAAUAUUUAAAAUAAAUUAAAAAUUAAUCUCUGAAAAUUUUA